UGCCUGUGUUAGCAAGACCGCAAUGUAUAAUAAAAGUGAUAAGGUAUCUGACAUCAUCGUUCUUCAACCAUUUCCCCUCAGUCAUAGGAACAGGUACGAGGGUUUCAACACCAAGUCACCAACAUGAACAUGAUGAUGAUAUCAUCUAAGUACUACACAAAUUCCAUUAUAGUUGGAGUUGGAAGAACUUGGUGCUGUCCAAAUGCAAAACCCGAAGGCAGCUUUUCAUUCAGUCUCAGAUUCUCCAAUAGGAGGAGGAAGAGAAGGAGCUUCAGCAUACACUCUGAAUCAAUUUUCAGAGGUCACAAUAAUACAGUUUCAGCUCUUAAUUCAGGUUUAGAAGCUUCAAUUACAGAUGCCACUGAAAGUUCAAAUACCUUAAAAAAAGCCAGUAUUGUUCUAGAGUCUGGAGAUGAAAAUAAGAUACAGCUAAGAGUGGACUUAACUGGUGAUCAAACAGAAAGGGUAUUUGGUAAGACCCUUCGAGAUUUGGGUCGAACUGCUCCGCCUGUUCCCGGAUUCCGCAUGCAAAAAGGAGGAAAAUCAUCACAGAUCCCCAACGACUUCCUUUUACAGAUGCUUGGGGAAGAACGCGUCAUCAAGUUUGUAAUACAAGAAAUACUCAAUUCUACCAUGGCUGACUAUGUAGAAAAGGAAAAUUUGGACGUGAAGGACAGGAAGAUAAGCACAAUUCAAACCGCAGAAGAACUCAAACAAUCGUUCAAACCCGGAAAAGAAUUUGGCUUUAAUGUUAUAAUUGAGCCCAAAAGUUCAGAAGAUACUGGUUAACUUUAACCAAGUCGAAGUUUAAAGGAGCAUCAAGAUUGAUCCCACUCAAUGGUAUUUAGCUCAAGAAACAGUUAUUUAGAGAGCCAAUUUGGUUUUUAGUUUUUACUCAUAACAAUGGACUGAAUCUUCUGAAUUUUGAUGAGACUUCUAGGAAAAAUUGUAAGUGUGAUUACAUGUUUUGUUACAAGAAAAUCCUCAACCAACUUCAAACUAUGUAAAAGGACAGUUCGGUAUACAAACAUUCUGCGGCAACGCAGGAUCCGGGAAGGGGCUGCAUCCAAAGGCUGUAAUAUAUGCAAUCUAACUUGAUAAUUACAUCAGUGACUGUUUUCAUGAUUUGAAUUCAUGACCUUGAGAUCACACGAAGACAACUCAACGGUUGUUUCAAGACU